CCGACUGCAGUCACGCCAGUGAACAUCGCAGGCGUUGAGCAAGCCAACCUCGGGAACCGGCGAGUAACAGAUCGGGGCAUUGCACCCCAGCGUAAUACUACUAGUGUCGGCAGUGUGGAGACAAUCAUUCACGAGCGCUUACGUUCCGCAAAGUUUGUGCAAGAUGGGUUCCCCAACACCUCACUUGUAACCAGAAAUGAGCGCGCAUGGCAGUCUCUGAACAACUGCUGAACCGGUCUCAAUCCUUAAGGGACACAAUCGAUCAUCACAUGUGACGAAACCUGGAUGCAUCAUUUCACCCCAGAGACAAAAAGAAGCCAGAAUGGAAUGGCGACGUAAGGCUUCUCUGCUGCCAAAGAAAAAUGCCAAAAAGAGGCACGGGCCACCUGUGUCGUUUCCUAGUCACGCACCUGGAUAGACAAACAUUCGGCGAAAAGUUGGUUUGGCUCGACAAAGCUCAGGGGGUAUUCAGUAUCUACUGGGCUCAUGGCAACAACCACAGUUCGGACCCAGAAAAGGAUCACGAAGUUUUUACCGCGUGGGAUAAACUCAAGAAGAGGAAACCUGUGAAAGGAGCAUGUAAUUUGGUUAAGCAACGAUUUCGUAUUGCAAUCAACAAGAUGAAUAUCCGAAAACUUCGUGAGUGGAAUGGUGAGGAGCCUCAGCGCGACUACCAGAUCCGACAGAUUCCACAAGAAGAUAUGAAUCUAGUGAAGAAAUUAUCCCGCAGAGUUCAGCGAAGGGAGCCUCCAGUGGAGGACAUGGGAUUUUACGAAGAAAAUGAGGAACACGAGUCAUCGGGUGAUGGUGAUGAUUUAUCGGGGACAGAAGACUGUGACUCGUUCGGCGAGGUUCUCUGGAAGAGCUUAUUGGGUAAGGAAGCGUGCUACGAAGCAGGAUCGCAGAGUGAGCGUCAGUGUGAAUCCGCAACGGUUGAAGAAGGCAGCGAAGAGUUUGAGCAGGAGGUCGACGAGAGGCACAGGUUCGGUAGCAACAAGGGUGACGUCGCCAUGAAGUCUGUUGACAUGUCGCAUGUCGACUUUGGUGGCAUGGAUGAUGGACACGUGAGAUUUAUCUUUGAUGAAGUACCCGAUGGCGAUAGCGGAACAACGAUGCAUUUAGGAGAUUUGAAUAUGCUGCUGGUUGAAACUUGCUUCGACUUGCAAGACGAUUUUCUGGCCCCCAAAUCGUCGGAAAAUUCUGUAUGGGAUGCCGCAGCUCUGGAAAACUAUGUGAGCAGGUUAUAGGAUUGAGAGUGCUCAAACGACAGGAGGAAUGGGACUGGUGAACGUUUCGGUGGAAUGUACAGUGGCUGAUGAUCCUUUUGUGCUAUUUAGGAAUGAUGGUUCGAUGGUGAAUAGUGUUUUUGAAUUUUGAGUGCACGAUGUCAUACGAGAUCUCAAGAGAAACGUAUUUUUAUACGGGAGUAUCACAUGCAUGGUAAUGUGAACAAUCAUUUUGAAUGGUACCUGUACACAGGCAUUUGUAUUGAUGCGACAGGUUAGUCACGUGGUAGCUUAACCAUAUCGAGACAUGGAUUCUAUUUCUCAGUCAUUAUAGUGUUGCACGUUUUAAUGCACCACAUUUCGUGCUGCGAUUAAUAUAAUUUUUAUGUACCGGUGCUGAAUUUUAAUAAAGAGUCGACGCGA